AACUCCCCCGGCCCCCCCAGGCCGUACACCGCUCACCUGCUCCCUUCUCCCGCCCGCACGAAGGCUCCCGUGGCGGUGGCGGGUGGCGACCGACCGUCAAGCCCUGCGCUAGAUCCAGUCCUGUCCUGGUGAGCUCCAUCCACUGUACGGCUCCAUCCCCAUCGAGCCCAGCGAGGCCGGCAUCCCCUCCCCCAACGAGUUCCAGCCUGGAUACAGCGGCGUACGCACUUACUUACGCAGUCUUCUUCAUCCCAUAUGCGGCUGUGCCGGCUCUAUCCCCGAUGAGCUUCACGCCCAGCGAGCCCCGAUCUGGGGAUCCAUGGGGAUGAAUGCAUGAAGCUCUGAGCCGCCGCCAGGAGAGCAGACACGAGAGUUCCGAUUCAGGACCCGACGAGCAAUGACUGAUGAGCUGCAGCCUGCAGCUUUGGUAAUUGGUUGCGUAUUCCCUCAUCAUUGCAAUGGCGGGGUCACUUAUCUCUCCCUCACCUUCUGUGGAUCUGAAGACAGAGAAGCCUAAUGAGAUGAUUACAAGUGGUGUUCUUUCAAGCCUUCAGAAUUUCCUACACAAGUGCCUCAUAGCUAUCCUUUCAUAUGGCCCAAUGCCAAAGCACAUUGCAUUUAUUAUGGAUGGUAAUCGUCGAUAUGCUAAAUUCAGAAGCAUGCAACAAGGAGCUGGUCACAGGAUGGGUUUCUCUGCUCUUAUUGCAAGUCUGCUGUACUGCUAUGAAAUGGAUGUGAAGUACAUCACUGUUUACGCAUUCAGCAUUGACAAUUUUAAAAGGGACCCAAGUGAGGUGGAAGCCUUGAUGCAGUUAAUGGAGGAAAAAAUCAAUGAACUAUUCGAGAACCGAAGUGUAAUCAACAAGAUUAACUGUAAGAUCAACUUUUGGGGCAACUUGGACUUGUUAUGUGAACCAGUGAGGUUGGCGGCUGAGAAGCUGAUGGCGAGCACAGCUGGGAACACAGGGCUGGUCUUUUCUGUCUGCAUGCCAUACAACUCAACUUCUGAGAUUGUAAAUGCUGUCAGUGAAGUCUGUGCAGAAAGGAGGGAACUGUUGCAGAGUGAACAUGCUGGCGAGUGUAAUGGUCACGCUGCAAAUAACGGUGUGCAUUCAGAGAUUUCAGUGGCGGAUUUGGAUCGCCACAUGUAUAGCGCUGGCUGCCCAGAUCCUGAUAUCGUCAUCCGAACUUCAGGCGAGACUCGACUGAGCAAUUUCCUCCUGUGGCAGACAACGUUUAGUCACCUGCAGAAUCCAGAUCCUCUGUGGCCCGAGUUCUCUUUCAGGCACCUUGUUUGGGCUAUAUUACAGUAUCAGAGAGCUUACCCUUAUCUAGAGCAGAACAGAAAGCUGGCUAAGAAGCAGUUGUGAUUCCAUGUUAUUUUGAAGGAGAUACCAGGAGGGUUAUGAACAUUUCAAGCUGUACAAAACUUCCCCUUCCAUUUUCCCUGAAAUGGGAAAUGCAAAGAAGAACAUAGCAUAAAACAUUAUGAACAGAUCACAAGCCUCGUGUGGUUGCCAUCGUAACUAUGUAACUCAUCUGAGCUUUGUAAAAGUGCUGUGAGUCCUUGAUCUAUAGUGUCCCUGGUGUAACAUGCUGUACGAGAACGUUCCUUUGUUUUCGAUGACACAAAGCUUCAAAGCACCCAUGUUCGACAUAAGUCUGGAAAAA